AUGUACACACGAACACACACUCUCUCGCCGCUCCCGACGGUUCUUCGACAUGGGCUCAAAGCCGUUGUUACGCUCUCUUUUUUCUCUCUCGUCACUUCCUUCACACUCCUGGUAUACCUAAUUGGCAGACUCGUAUGUUGGUAUCGAAGGACGAGCCCGAAGAAGGAACAACAACUGUCUGCCAUCACCACACAGGUUCCAGUCAUCGCCGGUCUACCUCACGAACUCGAGGCUCAGUAUAACGCAAACGGACAGACGAAGGGAUCAAGAGUCCCAAAUCAAUUUCUCAUUCUCCUACUCAACGUGCUCUUCGCCGAUGCCAUCCAGGCCUGCGCCUUCUUUCUCGACGUUGUCUGGUUGGUAGAGGAUAAGAUCACCGACGACUCGGCCGCGUGCUGGGCCCAGGGAUGGUUCAUCUCUACGGGUGACCUGGCGUCUACCGCCUUUGUGGCGUUUAUCGCAGUACACACCUAUCUCACCCUUGUCAGAGGUCUCAAGAUCUCGUGCAAGGCCUUCUACAGCACCAUCUUUCUUUUGUGGUUCUUUGUUUUGUUUAUGUCUGUACUUGGGGUGAUCAUCACCAACAACGGCGCUGGUAAAGGUGGUUUCUAUGUCCGCGACAUCACCUGGUGUUGGAUCAACUCAGAAUAUGAGGCUAUGCGGAUGUACUUGCACUAUGCCUGGAUGCUCACUCUGAUCAUUACGGGAACCGUAUCGUAUGUCUUGGUCUUCAUCCACGUUCACCGGGCAGACAAGGCAUUCCGAAGCGCCAGAAAGGCAGCCACUGCUGCCGAAGAAGCCUCAUGCGACGGCGUACUGAGUCCCACGACCUUACCGAACGUCAUGUCGCAGCACAACCAAAAGACAGAGGUCCACAAGCGCAUCCUCUUCCUCUUCUACCCCAUUGUCUUCCUCCUAUGCACAGCGCCGCUGGCCCUGGGACGUAUCCUCAGCAGCGGGGGUAUCAAGCUCUCGGCAGAGUACCUCAUCUUCGCCGGCUGCAUGAUCACCUCCAACGGAUGGAUCGACGUCCUCAUCUUCUCGAGCACGCGUAGCGGCAUUCUCUUCGACGCGCCCGUCGACGAGCAAAACGUCGGCCUAGACACGUUCAACUUCACGCCCCUGGGCCAACAGUACGGCCACAGGGUCUGGAUUGAGGGUGGCGCUUCGAAAGACGACUCGCAUAACAGGAAACCAAGCGUAUUUCGCAGACCCUCACGCCGCGCCAGGCUUGGCUCAGAGGCCAGCCACGACCGUAGCGAGAGCCAGACGUCGUUGCACGACCGGGAUGUGUCUGGCCUGAAGGGCAUUCAGAUGGAGACUGUCACUCGGAUCUUUGUUGAAGAGGUGGACCCUGCGAAGAAUAAGAAAGGCCAAGCUUCGGAGACAACGCCCUUCAGACAGAUUAGGGCCCACUUCGACGAUGAGACCAUCACUAUCUACCAAGCAUACAACGCCGCCAUCGCAGAGGCAGCUGUCACUGCUCAGAAACUCGACGCAUCCCCAAACUUCAAACUUACCCGCAUGACCUGGAUCAAACCAAGCUGGGCAUGGAUGCUGUACCGCGCAGGUUAUUCAUACAAAGAUCGCGGCCAGGAGCGCAUCUUGGCGAUCAAAAUGACCCACGCCGGUUUCAUUGACCUCCUUCGCCAUAGUGUCCUUACACACGGCGGCGAUAUGCAUAAGGGCGAUGGACGGGUGCGCGUUCAGUGGGAUCCGGAACGCAAUGUGCGAUUGGAGAAGCUUCCGUAUCGGAGCAUUCAAAUUGGGAUCUCUGCUGGUAUCUGUGGAGCUUGGGUUGCUGAAGGAAUUAUCGGCAUCGAAGAUGUGACGGCCAGAGCGCGGGAGUUGAAAAGAGUCUUGGACGAGCGGCCUGAUGUCGGUGAUGAUGAGCUGUUGGCGUUAGGCCUGGUUCCCACUGAGAAGGAAUUCUCAGUCCCCGAAGACGUUGGAGAUAUCUUGGGAAUAGAUUCCUUCCUUGAAAGUAAUUAG